AUGGAGCGCGCAAGAAAGAGUACGCUGAAUCUUGAACGGCGUUUCGCCGUAUCUGAUGUCUUUGAAGUUAGCAAAUCUCUAGAUUCUUCGCUGAAGAAGAACACAGCCUUUAUCAAACGACUUCGCACAGGAAUCACUGCCGCAGGUCUUCCCACCUUCAUAACCGAUGUUCGCUCGCUUUCGCUCCAUAAAUACCUCUCAGAAAUCAUAUCCGCUUUUUAUGAAGGUCUCUGCAAGCUCAAGACACCGGGAGAAAUCGCCGCGGGUGUUGAAAUUGCCAGCGCAAUCCACCAGCGUUUUGGCCCGGAUGAGUUUACCAAACGACUGGCGUGGAGCUUGGGUCGCGGCCUUACCUCACCGGAUAAAGCACAGCUCAAAGCCUGGACGCCAGAGGUCCGUGAAAGGGAAGAAAAGGAACGUCUAUCCCGGCACAGGGUUCUCCUCCGUGUGGUAACAGAGUUCUGGCUGGUUGGGCUGCUUCGGACUUUAGACGAUGUAGAGAGACCGGAUGAUUCUAUGCCAAAGUGCAAGGACUCGGUGCCAACUUUGGGUGGGAAAGGUGCUGAUGGAAGCUCUAAGCCUCGCCAGUCUCAGUCCGCGAAACCGAACCAGGACAGGGAUGAAGAACCGUUUCCCCUUGAAGUUUUAAAGGAUUUGCUUGGCUACGAUCGAGAACACGUCAAUUUGCCUUUAGCUCUACUAUUCGCUAGAACGUAUAGCUGGGAUAUAUUGGGAAUUAAGACACUCGAGGAGGGAAGAAAGACAGUAGAGACGAACGGAACCACUACAGAUACCUCCAAGGAAACACAAGGCGGUACAUCCGGGGAUGAAGCAGGUACAAACACAGUUCAGCUUGAUGAUCCUCCCCUCGUCCCCGAAAAGCUUCAAACGCGGUUUAAAAAUGUGUUAAACAGAUACCUUGAAGAUGUGAAGAAGCAUGUUAGUCGAGACCAAAAGGCUCUUGCAAAUCAGAGUCGCCGAAAUGCAGAGGCAUACGUGAAAAGCGGCGAGAUCCUCGAGGAUCGGCAAUCUAAUUUCGAGAAACAGACAAAGGCACAUGAGAAAUUGGUGUCCAAUACCCAAUCACUAUGUGAGAUUUUGGGCGUUGAAAUGCCUGACUUGGCUGAAAAAGAUGCGUCUGAUGGCGCAAUGAGUGGCAGCAUAGGCCUUGUAAAGACUGGCGAAUACCUUCGUGGUCAAGGUGAAGGGGCUGGUAUCUGGGAAGAUGAAGAAGAGAGGCGCUUCUACGAGAAUUUAGCGGAUUUCAAGGGGAAAGUCCCCGCUGUGCUCCUGGAAGACGGAAAAAAGAAGAAAGCAGACGGAGACGACCAGUCUAAAGUGAAACCUGAUUCGGAAGGACAAAAUGGAACUGCAGCCCCUGAAGGCACCAGCAAGCCAGAUUCACAAGCAGCUGAUUCCAGUGCGCGGGAACCAGAAGAGUCCGGUACCACUAUUGCCAACAAGUCAGUUGGAGCUCAAGUCGAUGCACUGCUUUCUAAGCUUCCUGAGCUGGCCAACAAGGAAGCUGUUGAUCAAUUAGCUCUGGAUUUUUGUUUCUUGAACUCGAAGGCCUCUCGAAACCGACUGGUCAAAGCUGUUCAGGAAGUGCCGAAGGGCCGUUCCGAUCUCUUACCUCUCUACGCUCGCCUUGUUGCUACUCUAGGCCAGUAUCUUCCUGAUGUGCCUCAGGGCCUAAUCACAUAUCUGGACGACGAAUUCCGCAGCCUUCAACGCCGCAAGCAAAAAGAAUUCCUGGGUCAAGUUCGUACAAGCAACAUCAGAUACCUGGCUGAGCUCACUAAAUUCGGCGUCGUUCCCGAACACGUUAUAUUUCAUUGCUUCAAAGUCAGCCUGGACGAAUUUUCCCGUAUGAACAUCGAGAUCAUAGGAAAUUUGUUGGAAAACUGCGGCCGGUAUCUCCUCAGAAACCCCGAGACAGCUCCCCGAAUGGCAUCGUUCUUAGAAACACUUGGACGAAAGAAAUCUGCCCAGCACCUUGGACAGCAGGAACGAAUGAUUAUUGAAAAUGCCAUGUACUACGUCGACCCUCCACCGAGACCAGCUAUCCAGCAAAAGGAGCCUGCUACUUUUAUCCAUCAUUUCACUUCUUCAAGGAUACUAACUUGGUUUCAGGUUGUCAACAUCCUCGAGCGUAUAUUCAGCAAACCAGGAAAAAUUAAGUACGGAAAUAUUCAUCUACUUGCAAUCAUCAUCAGCGCACUAUAUCGCUACCACCAGUCCUUUGUGAUUGGCGUUAUCGACAAUGUCCUUGAGAGAAUCACCAUCGGUCUAGAGAACAAUGAUUUCAAAUUCAAUCAGUCACGGAUUUCAGAGGUCAAGUAUUUGGGAGAACUCUAUAAUUACAAGAUGGUUGACUCACCAGUGAUCUUCGAUACCCUCUACCGUAUUGUUACUUAUGGACAUGAGGGUGGGACACCAUCUCCGGGAAAAAUAAACCCGCUUGAUAUGCCAGAUGAUUAUUUCCGUAUUCGUCUAGUGUGCACCAUACUAGAUACCUGCGGUGUUUGUUUCGACCGAGGAAGUGCGAAGAAGAAACUUGACUUUUUCUUAACAUUUUUCCAGUACUAUCUACAUACCAAGGAUCCUAUACCUAUGGAUGUUGAUUUCGUCAUCCAAGACACAUUUGCCUUGACUCGACCACAGUGGAAAUUUGCUGCUGACUUUACAGAAGCUACCAAACUGUUUGCGGAGGCGGUUGCACAGAACUACCAAGUGCAAGAGACUGACAAAGCUCCAGAACCAGAAGAUGAGGCGGAGAGCUCAUCGUCUGAUGAAGAUAUUGAAGAUGACGGAGCUCCUGAUAUCGAAGAGGUCUCUACUGAUGAGGCAGAGGUUACCGCUAAUGAGCCAGAUGAUGAAAACGAAUCCGAGUCAGAAGAAGAGCAGAUCUUUGUAUCUCGUCAAGAGGAAGAGCGUGAUCCUGAAGCUGAAGCUGAAUUUGACAGAGCCUUCGAGAAGAUGGUAUCUGAAAGUGUAGAAUCCCGAAAAUUCGAGCGCAAAACGAUGUUCGACGUCCCCCUACCCAUGAGACGUGCAAAUCCCCGCGAACCUGCUCAAGUUGAAGAGACCAAAGAACCAUCCCCGACGCCUUCCAGCACGAUGCCCUUCUCCCUUAUGACCAAGCGUGGAAACCGCCAGCAGGCUAUGUUGCUAACUUUGAGUGUUAAGACACGCACUAUCGACCUCCCUUCGGACUCCAGUUUUGCAGUUGCAAUGAAGACUCAGCAACAAGCAGAGCGCGAGGAGCAACAACGAAUAAAAAAUCUGGUUCUCAAUUAUGAUCUUGGUGACGACAAUGAUAGCAAUGAUGGUGAUAGCAACAGUUCCCCAACCCACCACUUUAUUCUACGACCGAACACCAAUGCUAAAGGCUCACUCAAAGGUUCCGACAAGCGAACGUCAUCGCACCGCGAUUCAAGAAAUGAUAAAUCAGCCCGGAGUGGAUUCCGUGCUCGUAAAUUACAACUGAGCGACGUUGACUGGUAUGAUUAG